AUGUCUUCUAACUUUAAUUAUGCUUCCACUAAUGGCUUAAAUCCUUAUUAUGUAACUGGUUUUACUGACGGGGAAGGAUGUUUUUAUGUAGGUGUUAGUUCUAACCCUAGAUAUAAAAUGGCCUAUAGAGUAAAAGCUGUUUUUCAUAUUGGUGUACACAUAAGGGAUCUUGCCUUAUUAGAACAAAUUCAAUUGUUUUUUGGUGUAGGUACAAUAUCUAAAUUAGGAGCGGAAUCUGUUCAAUUUAGAGUAUCUGGUUUUGAAAACUUAAAAGUUAUUAUGGAUCAUUUUGAUAAAUACCCUUUAUUAACCAAUAAACAAUCUGACUAUCUACUUUUUAAGCAAGUAGUAAAUGAUAUGGAACAAGGAAGACAUUUAACUGUACAAGGUUUAAAUAAAAUCAUGUCAAUUAAAGCUGUUAUGAACAAUAAAGGAAUGUCAGACAGCUUAAAUCUAGCUUUCCCUGAUAUAGAGCCUAUUUUAAGACCAGAUAUUAAAGAUAGAAAUAUAAAAAGUCUACACUGGUUAGCUGGUUUCACUGAUGCUGAAGGAUGUUUCUUUAUAGCAUUAAAAAAAUCUCCAGAAUCUAAGUUAGGGGAAACUGUAUGAUUGAGAUUUAUUUUAACUCAACAUGUUAGAGAUGAAGAGUUCCUAAAAAGUUUAAUUUCAACUUUAAAUUGUGGUAGAUAUAUACCUAAAUCAGGUUAUGGUGAAUUUAUAGUUGAAAAAUUUACAGAUGUUUUUGAUAAAGUGAUACCCAUUUUUGAAAAAUUUAAAUUACAUGGUGUAAAAUCCAAGAAUU